AUGGACAUUAGAUGGACCUACCGUGUCCGGGUUCUUGGCUACGACCUCGUAAAGCGCGUCCGACCCGGCCAGACCCCAUCCCUGACGCCUCUCACGCUACUAGUCACCUCGGAAGUUUCUGUGGAUGGACAAUACUCGGCCUGGAAGGUCGCGGUGAGUGAUCUCAGAUUACUCUUCGACAAGGCCAAUCGCGAGGACAUUACGGUUGAAAUUACAGACAUCAAAACAGCAGACGGAGUACCAUCAGCGCCGCUCACAGAUUGCGCGGCAAAGCUUGUCGCAGCAUGGGAGUGCUAUCGGCCAGCUCUCCUUGAAGAUAUCCAGGAACAACAGUGGCUCACCGCCGACAUCGUCCUCCGUGAAAUCGGAGAAUUGCUUCCCAUACGCGCCCCUACUCUCCUCAUCACCGCACAAGAUGCCGACUCAGCCAUAUGGUGGGACAAAAUCCUACCUCAUAUACGUCAACAACUCCCCCAGACAAUGGAGGUCAACCUCCUUUACGCACCACACCUGGCCAUGCAGACAUCUGGAGACGAGGAAGAAGCAGAGAACCCGUAUGUACGCCCUUCCAUGUAUUCUACAAUGCAGGACUACGACGCCAUCGUAGAGAUGGGAGCCAGUAUUGGCGUAGAGCAGCCGGACAACAGCGGAACAGUGGGCGCUGUCAUCGUACUCAAGGAUGCGGCGGGCAAUGAGACAAAUUGCGCCCUGACCAAUCACCACGUCGUUGCGACACACGAUCCAAAGAGUGUCAUCAACAGCGGUAUGUUGCUGGACAUUGGCUCAUUCUUGAUACUACGACAUGACUCUACUUCUAUUGUACCGGUAGACAUGGAGCAGCAAUUUGGAAUGACAGACGGUAUCAUGCUGGCUUUCGGCGUCAUGCAUGACCGCAAAGGAGAAGAGUUCAUGAGGGCCGGCGACUCUGGCAGUUGCGUACUACUGAACGAACGCAAUAAUAGGAAAGCAACGAUUCUUGGUCUACUCUAUACCUUCAACGAGCAUACGCGCGUUUCUUACAUGAUCCCGUUUGACUUAGUCAUAGAGGAUAUAGAGCAGGUGACAGAUCAGAAAGUGGUGAAGCCUGAGUUUGUUGAAUACGAUGCAAGGACCUAG